AUGCGUUCCACCGCCCUCUUCCUCCUCCCCGCUCUCGUCACCGCCAUUGCUAUUCCUAACCUCUCUCCCCGUGCCGACGCUGACGCGGCCACCCGCUAUGUAGUCGAUAAGCGCUCCGACGCUGACUCGGCUACUCGGUACGUGGUUGACAAGCGGUCCGACGCCGACUCCGCAACUCGCUAUGUCGUCGAUAAGCGCGCCGACGCGGAUUCGGCCACCCGCUAUGUUGUUGACAAGCGAUCGGACGCCGACUCGGCCACCCGUUAUGUGGUUGACAAGCGCGCCGACGCUGACAGCGCGACUCGCUACGUUGUCGACAAGCGCUCUGACGCCGACAGCGCCACCCGCUACGUUGUUGAUAAGAGGUCCGACGCCGACUCAGCUACCCGCUAUGUCGUUGACAAGCGAUCGGAUGCCGACAGCGCUACUCGCUACGUUGUUGACAAGCGCUCCGACGCCGACUCCGCAACCCGCUACGUCGUUGACAAACGGUCUGAUGCCGACAGUGCUACCCGCUACGUCGUCGACAAGCGCGCCGACGCUGAUGCUGCCACCCGCUACGUCGUCGAUAAACGCGAGGAUGCUGACGCUGCGACGCGCUAUGUCGUUGACAAGCGCGAGGAUGCUGAUGCCGCCACCCGCUACGUCGUCGACAAGCUCUAA